AUGACGAGCUGCCAAUACUUCAUCAGUGUCUCCAUCUCGAACUUCUCUGUUCGUUUUGAUGGCACUGGUUACGGUAGCUGGAGAAGGACUAUCCUAGUGGCUUUGUCUGUACGUAACAAAUUGGAUUUCAUCAAAGCAAUAUCUAAUAGGCCUCCUGAAAAUUCUCCAUUGUUUAGACAGUGGCAACGAUACAAUGAUUUGGUGAUAUCUUGGUUAACUAAUUCACUUAGCAAGGACAUUGCUCGUAGUGUGGAAUAUUCUGAACUAGCCAAGGACAUCUGGGGAGAACUCAAGGAGAGAUAUGGUAAAGCAGAUGCUUCUUAUUUCAAUAGGAUUAAACAACUGUGGGAUGAGAUUGCCUCUGUUUCUAGUAAUCAGCUUACUAUAUGCACAUGUGGGGGGAACAAAAAGGGUGAAGAUGAGCAGAAGGUGUAUCAGUUUCUAAUGGGAGUGAAUGACACCUACAUACAAGUUAGAAGCAACAUCCUAAUGAUGAAACCCAUUCCUACUGUGAGUAAUGUUUACAACAUCCUUCUAGCUGAUGAAAAACGGAGACAAAUCUCUUGCACAUCACAGUUUUCUUCAGGUUCUGCUUCUUUUAGUGCUGAGGCGUCCACUUCUAAGCCUUACUCUGGUUCAUCUAAGCUGACCAUUUCUUCAAAGAAACCUGGACAUAGUAUUGAUAAAUGUUACAGGCUUCAUGGCUUCCCUUCAACUUUCAAGUUCACAAGAGGAUCUAGUUCAAAGAAAGUGUUCCCUCAUGCUGAGGUUGACUCUUCUUCUGACUCUCAGUUUGACCAACAGAUGUCUGCUAUUCUGGACUUACUAAAGAGCAACACUCUCAAUUGA